CUAUACCGUUUUGCUUUUCUGUAACAGGCCAGUUUUCUUCUUUGCUAGAUUGACAGUUACUGUCAAUAGUGUCAAGUGACUCAAAUAUUAGAAUGCGAUUACAUUUUUGUUGUAUUUGUUGAAUAAUAAUUAUUAUUAUGGAUUUGUCCAAAGUUCCUAAUGAAAAAAAGUUGCAUCUAUGUAAAACGUAUUUUAAAAUUGGAUUUUUCCUUUUGCCCUUUGUGUGGUUAGUCAAUGCAAUUUGGUUUUUCAAUGAUGCUUUCAAAAAACCAGCGUUCGAUGAACAGAAAUUAAUAAAAAAAUAUGUGAUAAGUUCUGCCAUCGGAUCAUCAAUAUGGUUCGUAGUAUUGUUAUCGUGGGUUAUCACAUUCCAAUUGAAUAGAUCUAAUUGGGGCGAAUUUGCAGAUUAUAUAUCAUUUAUUAUACCAUUUGGAACACCUUAA